AAUCUGCGACAGCUCUCUGAUGCAUGGUAUUUACGUCAGCUUCCGAAAUCGCUGACUCAUUUUCAUUCGCUUUUUCCCCAAAAUUGCUGAAUUAGUGAACGAGGGAGCGGUCUGGUACACAGCAAAAUGCUUCGACAGAACACCUGUUUUCCGCGAUCGACACGCUAACGUUAUAUGAUAUGGCUAAUAGAUUAAUAUAAAAUAAAUCUGUCAUCAGAUGGAAGCUGCUGCUUAAGUUGACAGAAGAAGUGAAAGACCAUUUAACCAACUAUGAUGUCCUCUGGAACUCGUUGGAGGCCAUUAGGGGUCUUUUUUAUAUUACUCUUAGAGCCGCUUCAGGCUGGAAUUUCAAUCCCUGUUGCUGUGAAUGUGAGGGACACUGCAGUUCUCAGUUGUGACUCAACGUGCAAUCAAGAAAUCUUAUGGACAUUUGAAGCUAACGGUGAAAAGCUGGAGGUUUUAAAAUGUCUCCAGGAUAACUGUAAAGAAGGAGAUGACUUUAAGGGAAGAGCAAGCCUCUCAUCUGAAAACAUGUCUCUCACCAUACAUCCCGUUCUGUUCAAUGAUCAAGGCUGGUAUGAGGCAAGCUGUGGUUCAGAGUUUCCCUGUAGUACACACUUGGAAGUUUUUGUACCCAGUGCUGUGAACGCCUCAGUCCGAGCCAAUGUGACACUACACUGCUAUGCACGUACAGAGAAGCGGAUUGCUGAUAAAGCUGUGAACAUCUUCUGGAAAAAGGAAGACCAACAAGUUUUAGAAGUCAAAAAUGGAAUUGUUCACUAUGGUUCAGGUUUCGAAGAGAGGUUCUCACUUUCAUUGAAUCAUUACAAGGCUGGGGAUCUUUCUCUUAAUAUAUCCAGGGUCACACCAUCAGAUAGUGGUUUAUACCUGUGCUAUCACAAAUCAGACAAACAGGGGCAUCCAGGAGCUGUCAUACUCACUGUUACAGCUCAUGAAAGCAGCUAUGAGAAAAAAGUGGGUGAUGAGCUGACCCUCAAUCUGUUCAGCUUGGAUAACGUGCAAGUAACUUUCACCGAUUCUGAUGGAGUUGAGAUCCCAGUCUGCAGGGUGCACAGAGGCACCUCUACGUGUGACCCUAAAUACAAUCACAGAGUGUCUGUCAUGAAUGACUCUCUUGUGCUAAGGGAAUUGUCAUCCUCUGAUAAUGGAAAAUUUACUGUGAAGGACAACAUGGGUGAAAUCACGAGUGUCUGCUUCGUCAUUGUGAAAGAUGUGGAACGGAGGCAUCACCUUACCUCAUACGUCAUCAUAUUGGUGUUUGUAGCGAUUCUUUUGUUUCCUGGUGGCCUGUUUUGUCUUUAUCAAUAUUUUAGAAAGUCACAUCAACCAAAAAGAAUUAUGUAUUUUAACAAUCACCAGUCUACUGUGAAAACAGAAAUGGAACCGUUGAGAGAACCUGCAAAAAUUGGAUUAUCACAGCAAGAGACCAGGCAAGAUAUUCCGGAGCAACUUGACAUCACACAAACACCUGUGGAGGAGACCAGUCCGGAGAUUCUGAUGACCACUGAGAAGCAGGACUCUAUUCAUGUGGACGCAUUUGACUGUCUUUAAACAAAGGAUUGGUUUGUUUACUUAACUGUUACUCUAAGGAAGAACUUUUCAUAGGAAAUCAGGGAAAUGGUAAAAAUCUUAUUUUUCUUCAAACUCUUUAGGAUCCUAUUGACUUGGUAUUUUCUUUAUAGGUUUUCUCUAUGACCAUGUGGUUUUCUUUGUAUGAUCAUGUGGAUUGAUUAUAGAAAUACCUUUUUUUUUUUUAGCUAUUUAUCCCUAAAGAUUUUGUAAAAACACGUUUUGCACAAAAAAUAAGCACUACAACUGUGGCAAUGUGAAAAACUGUACAUCCAACAGUUGAAUCCAAACAAACUGUGACAUAACACUUGUUAUGCCUGAUGCAAGAUCUGUCUUUUGCAAAUGCUGUGCGCUUUUUAUCUUUUUAUUAUAGACUGAUACUGAAAAUGUGAACUGAAUGUUUGGGUCAAAUAUUGUAUAACAAAACAACAUACAGCCAUAAUGAUCAAAUAUCAUUCAACUAUGAUCUUUUCAAAGCAGAAAUAUAUAAAUAUAUAUAUAUAUAUAUAUAUAUAUAUAUAUA